AUGGAGGCUGCUCAGUUGGCGACUAAAUCAGCAAUAACAGAAAAAAGGACCAACAGCUUUGAAGCAUAUACCAUUGACUAUUAUGGAUCAGAUUCUAUGAAUUAUGAUAUCUGCCUGCCAGAAGAACUGCCAUUUGCUUAUAUUUUUAUUCCCAUUCUCUACUUCCUUAUUUUCCUCAUUGGUUUCUUUGGGAACCUAUUUGUGAUCCUGCUGAUGGCACGAAAACAAGGCAGCAAGAGACUUGUGGACACCUUCAUCCUCAACCUGGCCAUAGCUGACCUGGUCUUUGUAUUUACUUUACCUUUCUGGGCUUUGUCAGUAGCUCUUGGUUACUGGUGCUUUGGUGAAGGGCUAUGCAAGCUGAGCAGCUAUACCAUCUCUGUCAACCGCUGCUCUAGUAUCUUAUUCCUAGCAGGCAUGAGUGUGGAACGGUUCCUUGUGAUGACAAAACGUUGGGAUGCAAGGUCCAUUGGAACCAGGAAGAAUACCAUCAUGAGCUGUGGGUGCAUCUGGGUAUUCUCACUACUGCUAGGAAUACCAUCACUGGUCUACAGAAAGCUGGACCUUGUGGGAGACAACAAUUCUUCAUGCCAGGGUGAGCCUUCUGCUGCCUUCAGUUCAGUUAUGCUUAUUUUGACCUUCCUGUUACCUUUGGGAGUCAUCUUGUUCUGCUAUUGCUCUAUCUUCUUCAAGCUUUGGAACCAUGCCAGCCUAGGCAAAAGGAGAAACAAUGCCUUUAAAAUCAUUUUUGCCAUCAUUGGUGCAUUUGUCUGUUCUUGGCUACCUUUCAACAUCUUCAAGAUAUUCUUAGUCUUCACUCUGGCUCAGAGCAUUGAUCUGUCCUGCCAAGCCCUAAGAGCUCUUAUCUGGGGACUCACCAUCACUGCUUGCCUGGCUUUCAUAAACAGCUGUAUCAACCCUAUCAUCUAUGCCUUUAUGGAUCAGCAUUUUCAACAGCAAGUCCUGAUGUUUUGUAAGGCAAGGGGAAAUGCACAAACCUCUACCCCAUCCUUUUCAUUUACAGAGUCAAGUGCUCUGUUUGGCAGCAGAAAGAAGCUCCCACCAGCCAUGUCUGCUCAGAUAUGA